GGCCUUUGAGCAUACUACCGGGCUAUGGGUGUUGUUAUGACCAGAUUAUGACCAGAGGUUAUGAUGCCCGCUGGAUGCCACUGGAUGCGUGCUCCGGCGUGCUCCUGCCAGCGUUGAUGAGAAAAGAGCUGGAAAAGAGGACGCAGUGGAGACAGGGAAAUGAAAAUUGGGAAGAUUUGUUGAAAUUGGAAAUAAAAUUUACCUUGAAUGAGUGGUCUGUUUACUAUAGCAUUUCAUAUAACUAUACGAAAAUAAUAAAAAUGAACCAAAAGUGUACUGCUAGUGAAUUCAGUAACAUAAAGAAGCAAGUUUUGCAAAGUGUGGAUUUUAGCCGGAAAGGUUCAAUUGAUGAUGCCAUUCUAAAUUUGGUUGAGGAAAUUAAUGAUCGAGAGGAAUUUUUCACUACUAGUUCAUGUUCUGGACGAGUUAUCUUAUAUUGUGAAAGUUCUCAGAAGCAAAAACAUUUGUGCCAAUGGUUAUUUGUCAGCCAUGAUCCAAUUACUGAAGAAGCAUUAAUAAAGGAAUUAGAUCCUCUUCGGGGAGACAUAAUUUUGAAAUUUGAACCAUUGAUUUUGCAUGUACAAUGCUUUUCCUUGGAUUAUGCAAAGAAACUGCAUACUUGUGCCUUGGAAUCUGGAUUUCGAAACUCUGGUAUCACUCUUGGUAAACACAAGAAAAUCACUUUGGCUGUGAGAAGUUGCUUGCAACUGGAGGUUCCUAUUUCAGAUGCUGGCAAAUUGUUAGUUUCAGACGAGUAUGUGAGAUUCCUGACUAAGAAGAUUAAUGAGAAAAUGGAUGAAAACAGAAAAAGAACUAAAAUCUUUUUUGAAAAGUUUCAAUGUAUGUUUUCAAGAUGAUGUAUUGGAAUAUAUAUAUUUAUAUGUACACACACAUGCCUGUAAUAUUAUUAAUCAGUUCUUCCUAUCCACAAUUUUUUCUCCUU